AUGUUACAUCGAAAGGAUGGGUUAUGGCGUCCUAAACGAGCUUUAAAAUGGCAUGAGGAUUUGGAGUUUCAAAUUAACCGAUGCAACAAAAAUGGAGAAAACGACAAGAGAUACGAGCGUGGGAAAUAUGUUACUAUGUAUGCAUUGUUGCAGCAAUUAUUAUACAAUCUUUGGUUUCUUGUUUUGACAGAGGCUCGUCGACCAAAGGAGAGGUGUUUCCCUUUUCGGGUUUUCCACUCUAGAAUGGGACGUGAUCAUCACCAUCUUAUUUGUGGCCAAAGACUCACUCUUGUUAGCAUUUCUCUUUGCUUUCUCAUAAUUUCAAGUUGGACCCAGCUGGGACUUGUAACUGAAGGUAGAAAGACUCCCAAACUGAAUGGAUUUUAUCAGACAGUACAUGAUGACAAAAUAAUGGUGAGGGCACAGAUAGGCUCACGACCACCAAGAUGUGAGAGAAGAUGCAGGUCUUGUGGACACUGUGAAGCCAUUCAGGUACCUACAAAUCCUCAAGCGCAGAACGGGAAGAUCAACUCUUCAACUCUGUCUACUAUUGCUUUUUCAAUGGGAGAAGGUGGUUCCAACUACAAGCCCAUGAGUUGGAAGUGCAAAUGUGGGAAUCAUAUUUUCAACCCCUGA